AUGGAUCCUGCCUGGAUCCGAGUCAACCAACUGUGUGCUGUUGAUAAUAUUUGUCACCACAUUCACAUUCUUUACCUGGAAUUUGGACAUUCACAAGGUCUGCAUGCUAGCAGUCGCCUGGACCGCACGGCCUAUGGCAGAGAAGGGAAGGAUGAGGACAGGAAAGCGGAGGCUCGUGAUGAAUGGCUCCGCGAUUCUCGGUGUUUAGUCUCGCACGUUGUCGCAAGCAUCGCAUUAUCCAACGUUGUUUUCUUAGGCACUAUUUAUCGAUUCGAUGCGGUGUUGAUGGAUAGGAAGAGGCCGGAGGCCUCCCCUCAGCCGCUCGGCGCAUCACGAAGCACAGGGUUACAUAGUAUUGAGUACACUGUGACGGAAGAGCCUUCUGGAUUGAGAUCUCAGCUGCUGAGACACCGUCGCCAGCGCAGGAUCACUACUGCGUACGGAUUGGUUGACUGUUUCACCAUUACUUUAGGACUGGUCUAG